UGGAGCUUCGUUCUUCACCAACUCUGCUGCAGUGUGUAACAUUUUCUGUCACAUUCACCGUCGCCUGCUGACCCUACCACUCAGGCCGGAGGACGCACCCUUGACAUUGGCUGGACUCCCUCCAAUGAACUUUCGCGACCUGCCUACUUUUCUUAGGUUCCCGGAAAGUUAUCCUGCAUAUUUGGCCAUGAAAUUAGGUCAGUUUUCGAACUUGGAAAAGGCUGAUUGGAUUUUUGACAACACAUUUCAGGAAUUGGAAGACAAGGAAGCAAGAGGUGUAUCAGAUUCGUGGCCGGCAAAGUUGAUCGGACCUAUGGUACCGUCAGCUUACUUGGAUGACCGGAUUAAGGGAGACAGAGGAUAUGGAUCAAGCUUGUGGAAGCCUCUUUCCGAAGAGUGCAUUGAAUGGCUAGAAACAAAACCUUGUGAAUCUGUGGUCUACAUCUCUUUUGGAAGCAUGGUUUCAUUGAAAGAGGAAGAAAUGGAGGAAAUAGCAUGGGGCAUAAAGGAAAGCAAUCUGAAUUUCCUCUGGGUGGUCAGAGAAUCAGAAAGGAAAAAGCUCCCUGAAUCGUUCCUAAACUCAAGUGAAGAACAGGGAAUGAUAGUGACAUGGUGCAACCAGCUAGAAAUGCUAUCACACCGAGCCAUUGGCUGCUUUGUGACUCAUUGUGGCUGGAACUCGACCCUAGAAGGGCUGAGCCUAGGGGUUCCGAUGGUGGGGGUGCCAAAAUGGACUGACCAAUUGACAGAUGCAAAGUACAUAGAAGAGAUAUGGGGGGUAGGAGUGAGGGCGAAGGAGGAUGAGCACGGAAUUGUAAGGAGAGGAGAGCUGAUAAAGUGCUUGAAGGAAGUAAUGGAGGGAGAAAGAAGCAAAGAGAUCAAGAAAACUGCUGGAAAAUGGAAGGAAUUGGCUAAGAGAGCCAUUAGUGAAGGAGGAAGCUCAGAUCAGUGCAUCAACGAGUUUGUUGAACAUUUGAAAUGUUAGAAUCGAGUUUGUUGAACAUUUGAAAUGUUAGAAUCGAGUUUGUUGAACAUUUGAAAUGUUAGAAUCUCUAAUGGAAAGAGCGUUGUGCGGUUCAUAUUAUUAUGAACUGUACAAACUUUAACCAUUAAAUGAGAGUAAAUCUCUUGAUAUUAAGGUUUCUUUCUUAAUUAAUGAUUAUUGUUUUAGGUUUCAACCGAACUCAUCUCUAAUUGUAUAUUUAUGUAUGAACUGUACAAACUUUAACCAUUAAAUGAGAGUAAAUCUCUUGAUAUUAAGGUUUCUUUCUUAAUUAAUGAUUCUUUCUUAAUUAAUGAUUAUUGUUUUAGGUUUCAACCGAACUCAUCUCUAAUUGUACGUUUUUGUGUUUGUUUUGUAUUUUGAUUGUGAUGUACUUUGGGCAGUUAAAAUGUGAUUGUUCGUUUUCAGAUCUCUAGUUGCAUCCUGUUUGGAAGAGGAGUGUCUUAUGCUAAACAUGAAUCCUAUUCUGAAUUUCUGACUCUCCACUUCAAAUGAAUCCAAUUCUGAGUUUCUGAUUCUCCACUUCAAUUCCAUGUCCGCUUAGUGCCUUACUAAUUGAGGACGAUUUUUUUCCAGUUGCGCAUAGCUGUUACCUCACACCCUCUACAUACCUUUCACAUCAAUAUUUGAUGAAGAUUUGGCCACAUUGCCCAAAUCUUUCCCGACCAAAUAAUUAGAAAAACGUGUGACCCUCAAUGCAACGGAAGUAUCUUAAUUGAUAACCAGUAAUCACUUCAAUGUUCAUGUGAGAAAUAGAACAAAGCUUUAAUGUUCUUCUUUGUUGGAGCAUCUUCAAGAAUCAACUUUCUUUUCCGGCUGGAAACAACUCGAUCCAACUUUUUGACUCUUAAAAAAGGAACUAAAGGUAUGUUGUUUAG